AGUAAGCCCUUGGUCAGAUCCAUCUAAGAAUGGCCGUCUCCGCAGAUGCAGCUGUUGUGGAACUUCUUGAUAGCAGUAACUAUGUGGAUUGGAGUGUAUGGGUUAAAACUUACUUGUUGGCUCAAGACCUUUGGGAUGUAGUGGAACAAGACGAAGCUGAUGAUAAGUUCAAAGCUUGGAGGGAGAAGAAUGCCACGGCUUUACAUACAAUCCAAAUUUCGUGCGGGCGGGAAGCUUCUUCCCUCAUUAGAAACACCAGUUCAGCCAAACGCGCUUGGGAUACUUUGGCAGAAAACUUCAAGCCAAAACCAGGAUAUUACAAUGACUUCCAUCAAUGUCAGCCGUUGUUCGAUGCUGUGUGGAGUGGGGAUUGGGAUGAAGCAAAGCAGUUUCUUACACUACAUCCCAAUGCAAUAAGAACAAGACUUCCAUCUACAAAAGAGACAGCUCUUCACAUGGCAACACAACUAGAGCACGAGCAUAUUGUGGAAGAGUUGAUGCAGGUGAUGUCAGAGGAAGACUUGGAAAUAACCGAUAAUGAUGGUUGGACAGCUCUUGCUCUUGCUGCAAGUAGAGGAAAUAUAAAAAUGGUUGAAUGCAUGGUUAGAAAGAGCAAGAAAAUACUUAGUAUUCCCACUCGGGACCGCCAUAAUGUGACUCCACUUGUCUUGGCUUCUAUGAAUGAACAAUGGGAUAUCGUUGAUUAUCUUUACUCCGUCACUCCCUUCCAAGAUCUAAUGCCAGAAAAAGGACCAUACGGGGCUGGACUUCUUCGCACCUUUAUUAUGGGCAUGAAAUUUGGUAUUGCUCGGGAAUUAAUUCAGUGUUGUCCACGAUUGGUCUUUACCAAGGGCCAAGAUGGGGCAUUCCCGAUGGAAGGAUUUAUGCCUUCUGCAUUCCCGAGUGGAACAAGCCUCAAAUUCUGGCAAAUAUGGAUCUAUAAUUGUAUACACAUAGAGCGUGCCAUCAGUGAUAUUCGUGUAAGUGUUCAAAAUGAAGGAAAUGAAGAAUGUAAUCGAAUGAAGAUCACUUGGUCAGUGGUAGGUCUCUUGCAAGGUUUGAAAUCAAAUCUCCUUGAACGUUUGGGAAUCAACCGCAUACGCCAAAUAAAACAGGGCCAUAUGCAAUCACUUGAACUCCUACAUCACAUGUGUGAAUGGAUAAAACAUUCACGUAGCAAUGAUUAUGUACGUAAAGCAAUUUUCAGAGCUAUCGAGAAAGGGAUGUUUGAGUUUACUGACAGUUUAUUGCAAGCAAGACCAGAUCUCAUGUGGAUCCAGAACCAAAUGGGAAGGGACCCCUUUCAGUUUGCAAUUGAAUGUCGCCAAGAAAAAAUUUAUAGCCUUAUUUAUAGACUCAAUAAAAGAAAAAGAACAUUGAUUGGAACUUUUGGAGAUAACUAUGGCAAUUGCUCCCUACAUAUGACCGGGAUGCUAUCCCCAUUGGCAAAGCUCGAUAAUAUCUCAGGUGCAGCUUUGCAAAUGCAGAGAGAACUGCAAUGGUUUAAGGAGGUCGAGACUAUUGUAUUACCCCGGACGAAAGACUCUACUAAUAACGACGGUAUGACGCCAUGUAAGCUGUUUACUAAGAACCACAAAGAAUUGGUGAAGGAAGGAGAAAGAUGGAUGAAAGGAACUGCAUCUUCAUGUACAGUUGUAGGUGCUCUCAUUAUUACCAUCAUGUUUGCUGCAGCAUUCACAAUUCCCGGUGGAAACAAUGGAGAAACAGGCUUCCCAAUAUUCCUGCAUAAAAAGUUGUUUAUGGCUUUUAUAGUUUCAGAUGCAAUAUCUCUCUUUUCUUCCACAACUUCAGUGUUGAUGUUCUUGGGAAUCCUUACAUCACGUUAUGCAGAAGAUGAUUUCCUCAAAUCCUUACCAACAAAGAUGAUAAUAGGGCUUUCCACACUAUUCUUCUCUAUUGCCGCCAUGAUGGUUGCCUUUUCUUCUGCCCUUUUCAUUAUGGUCCAUGAACAGUCGUGGAUUGUUAUUCCAAUGAUUUUCCUUGCUAGUAUUCCAGUCACCUUAUUUAUUUGGAUGCAAUUUCCUCUUCUAGUUGAGAUGUACAUUUCUACUUAUGGAGGAGGAAUAUUUGACAGGAAAGUGAAAUCGAGGGCAUAAAUUCUUCUACUUGGAAGAGCAAUAUUUGAUAGGAAUAAAGUGAAAUCAUGGACAUAAUUUCUUGAUGGUACGUAUAAGUGGUAAUGUUGUAACUUCUAAGAAGCUUGUAUGCAUUGUCCAUGCCAUGUAUGUGUUUGGCAUCCUAU